GAUAGAGUUCGUCUGAUGGCUGGUUCCCCAAGUUAUAGCUCAAAGACUAAGUUGAGCAGCGCGAGUGUCGUGAUACGUGGAGUAGAGCAGAGAAUGCUGUUGUAGGGCAGCAAAUCGAUCAGAUGGCAGCGAGCGGCAAAGGUCGGGGCGGACGUAGGACGAGGAGCGAAAGUGUCGUAGGGCGCGGAGCUCUGCGGAGAAGGGCAACAGUUAGUCUCAGGGACGAGCAGUGGAAUUUCUUAAAACAUAGAAUCUUGAGGGUACAAAGAGCACAUACUGUCAGGCUUGUGGGUUGAAGCUAGACCGAUGAAACGAGGCACGCCAACGACCAUGCGACGGAAAUAGCGAGGGCGAGAAGGUGAUGAAGUGUGUACAGACGUUGUGGGUGAAGUUGAAGGCCUCCGUCAGUCUUCUGGUGUGGGGAGGGAAGUGCCACUGGCACCUGGCUCAGGCAGUCAGUCUGGAACCCGAGCGUGAAAAUGAGGGGACCGGGCCUCCCAGCCCAGUGGGCGCGCAACUGAAGCCUGGCAGUGGGCAGCCAAGCCCAACAAUGGACCGGGACGAUGCCGGCGCGGCGGCGCCUAAGUUGAAUGAGAUGCAGGCUGUUAAAGCCGUUGACAGUGUCCCUGCUUGGUGUGAGUUACAACUCUUUACUCCUUUGAAUUGCAAACAGGUCUACAUAUCUAGUGAUUGUUUGAAUGAACACCUGUCAGAGACCGAGCAUGAUGCAGCCUUGUCGAGCCCAUUAACAGGCCCUAACCGACCGGAUGGGGAACCCAUCGACUCGUGCAUGGCCCGCUGGGCCACUGUCACUGUAACCCCUCCACCAUCAUCCCAUUCAUCGUUCAUCCGUCACAUCACCCAGGUUGGACUUUUGCGCCGUCAACCAAUUGGCAUUGCCUUUGUCAGUACGCAAGGGUGUGCGAGCUGUCUGCAGGCCACUCAAGGGCCCGGUAUGCACGCAGGCAUCACUCUGACUCCCCCGUGGUGCUCCGUGCUCGAGUCGACUCGUCUCAACGCCCUCGCUCAUUCUUGA